CUCCGCAAUUUCGGUGGCUGCGGCUGGCGCGUUGCCUAAAGUUUACAUCACCCACCUGGCCGUCGGGCUGCUGGGCAUUGGCACGGUAGCAGUCCCCAGAAACUUGACGGAGAUCGAGAUCCGAGUUUAAAAGCCCAAAUCCUACCCGGUGCAUUCCCGUCUGUUUACGGACCGGAGUAUUCCUCAGCAACAUGCCAGCGGCGAAUGUCCGUGUCUCGCGCUCUGCUUACCCCCCUGGGCAGUGUAGCACUGCAUGUCAGCACUGUACAAACAAUGGCUUUCAACUCUAACGCAAAACACAAGCAAACACACCGCCAAGGGCAGGGCGAGGGCGAGACCUGCCCGUCUCAUCCUUGCUCAGGGCAUGAAUCGCUCUGCGGCUCCUUAUAUCUAGCCUGGCCAGUGAACAGCCUCGCGCGUUUUGUGGCAUUUUGCUCCGAGAGCUGAGCUGGUUGUAUUACCACACAUCGGAACAAUCUUACCUAGCGCGCACGCACACAUACAUACAGGCAGGAGAUCGAUAGUUUUGAGGCUUGUAUACGCCUCCCCCAGGCCUAUCACGACGCCAUGGACGAACAACAUGGCGAGAAAGCCAUCAACACAGCAGCUAGAACGUCGAAGCGCAACCUACCCUGGCUAGCCGUAGCGGUCGCGGCCUUGGCAGCGUCGUGGCUGCUCGUGUCGAUGGUGCGGUCCUACUGGCGGCUGGCGCACAUCCCGGGCCCGUUCCUGGCGCGGCUCACCAACGCGCCGCGGUUCGGGUGGGUGCUCAGCAACAAAGCACACGAGGCGCACGUGACGCUGCAC